AUGAGCGCUGAAACCGAAACCUUCUCUUUCCAAGCUGAGAUCUCUCAGUUGAUGAGCUUGAUCAUCAACACCUUCUACUCUAACAAGGAAAUCUUCUUGCGUGAGUUGAUCUCCAACUCCUCGGAUGCUAUUGACAAGAUCCGUUACCAGUCGUUGACCGAUUCCUCCGUGCUUGAGGCUGAGAAGGAAUUGUUCGUUCGCAUCAUCCCUGACCGCGAGAACAACAUUUUGUCCAUCCGUGACUCUGGUAUUGGUAUGACCAAGGCCGAUUUGGUCAACAACUUGGGUACCAUCGCCAAGUCUGGUACCAAGACCUUCAUGGAAGCCCUUUCCUCCGGUGCUGAUAUCUCCAUGAUUGGUCAGUUCGGUGUCGGUUUCUACUCUGCCUACUUGGUUGCCGACAAGGUCCAGGUCAUCACCAAGCACAACGAUGACGAGCAGUACAUCUGGGAGUCCUCUGCUGGUGGCUCGUUCACCAUCACCCGUGAUGAGGUCAACCCCUCGCUCGGCCGUGGUACUGAGAUGCGUCUCUUCUUGAAGGAAGACCAGCUCGAAUACCUUGAGGAGCGCAAGAUCAAGGACAUCGUCAAGAAGCACUCUGAAUUCAUCUCGUACCCCAUCCAGCUCGUCGUCGAGAAGGAAGUCGAGAAGGAGGUCAGCGAUGACGAAGAGGGCGAAGAAGUCAAGGAGGGUGAAGAAAAGCCCAAGAUCGAAGAAGUCGAAGACGAGGAAGACAAGAAGGACGAAAAGAAGAAGAAGACCAUCAAGGAAAAGACCACCGACACUGAAGAGUUGAACAAGACCAAGCCCUUGUGGACCCGCAACCCUGAUGAUGUCAAGAGCGAAGAAUAUGCUCAGUUCUACAAGGCCUUGACCAACGACUGGGAAGACCACUUGUCGGUCAAGCACUUCUCCGUUGAAGGUCAGCUCGAGUUCCGCGCCAUCCUGUUCAUUCCCAAGCGUGCUCCCUUCGACUUGUUCGAAACCAAGAAGAAGCGCAACAACAUCAAGCUCUACGUCCGCCGUGUCUUCAUCAUGGACGACUGUGACGAACUGAUCCCCGAAUGGCUCAACUUUGUCAAGGGUGUUGUCGACUCUGAGGACUUGCCCUUGAACAUUUCGCGUGAAAUGCUCCAGCAGAACAAGAUCUUGAAGGUCAUCCGCAAGAACUUGGUCAAGAAGUGCUUGGAAAUGUUCGCCGAGAUCGCCGAAGACAAGGAGAACUUUGACAAGUUCUACGAGUCGUUCUCCAAGAACCUCAAGCUCGGUAUCCACGAAGACACCCAGAACCGCCAAAAGUUGGCCGACUUGCUCCGCUACAACUCGACCAAGUCUGGCGACGAGUUGACCUCGCUCAAGGACUACGUCACCCGCAUGCCCGAGAAGCAGAAGAACAUCUACUACAUCACCGGCGAGUCCCGCGCUGCCAUUGAGAACUCUCCCUUCUUGGAAGGUUUCAAGAAGAAGGGCAUUGAAGUCUUGUUGAUGACCGACCCCAUUGACGAAUACUCGACCACCCAGCUCAAGGAAUACGACGACAAGAAGCUCGUCUGUAUCACCAAGGAAGGUGUUGAGAUCGAAGAAGAUGAAGAAGAGAAGGCUGCCCGUGAGGCCGAAGAAAAGGCACACGAGGAUCUCUGCAAGUCGGUCAAGGACAUCUUGGGCGAGCGCGUCGAGAAGGUCGUUGUCUCCAACAAGCUCACCGAUUCUCCCUGUGUUCUCACCACCGGCCAGUUCGGUUGGUCUGCCAACAUGGAGCGUAUCAUGAAGGCCCAGGCCCUCCGCGACAACAGCAUGUCGUCCUACAUGGCCUCCAAGAAGACCUUGGAAUUGAACCCCAGCCACGCCAUCAUCAAGAACUUGAAGGACAAGAUUGCUGCUGAUGCCGGUGACCGCACCGUCAAGGACUUGACCACCUUGUUGUUCGAGACCGCCUUAUUGACCUCUGGUUUCUCCUUGGACGAGCCCAGCACCUUCGCUUCCCGCAUCCAUCGCAUGGUUGCCUUGGGUCUGUCGAUCGAUGAGGAUGAAGUUGCUGAUGAGCCCGCCUCGUCUGCACCCGUCGAGGAAGUCGUCGAGACCUCCAAGAUGGAGGAAGUCGACUAA